AUGACGCUGCCGCCGCUGAAGAUGGCGGAGGCCGUUGUGGCUCCACUGGGCCGCCAGGCACGACUAUGGGGCGAGUUGCGGGAGUGGCACGUGCUGCUGUCGUGCGCGUUGGCCACGUGCGCGCGCAUCGGGCGAGAAUCAGUCACCGAAACAGCACUGCACGCUUCGGUGCGGUUUUUUUUAGAUACACUAGACACCUUAUGUUUGCCUGCCGUCACGACGAAGCCGCAGCGGCGUCAUCACAGAGUUAAGCAAAGAGACGACAGGGGGGUGCAUGGUAUGGAGGAUACACUAACAAACGUUCUGUGGCGUGCGGCACUGGUCUGCCGUGUGAUGGAGGAGCUCUUGCAGUCUGAGCGGCGGACGCCAAUGGCAUUACCUAACGCAACGGAGGGAUGUGGGGAGGUGAGGACCACCGAAAAUUCACGUCAUCUUUCAGGGGUGGCACAGUGCGUCAUGCGCGAGCUGGAGAGGCGGGUGUUUACCGUUCAAGAGCGAGAUGGACAUGCCGCGUCACUGAAGGGCCUUGAGGCUCUGGUUUUGAAGUCAUUUCACUGCUGUUGUGCCUCUGAUCGUGAGGAUCAACGUUCGGCGGCAUACAAGGGGGAGUUGGCAGACGCGUUGCUGUCGUUUUGUGGCGCAUACUUUAAAAUGGUCCCAAUUUUACUCCUGGCGAGGGCCGCGGAGGCGCAGGCGGAGGCCGCUGGUGGCGCGGCAAGGGAUGACGAGUGCUGCACCGUCACGAUUGUGCGCACGAUGCGGCAGUGCUGGUUGCGUCAUCAGUCCACGUUGAACCUUCACGGCGUUGGGGGCGUCUUCUGGUGGCUGCGGCUGCUUCCCAUCGUGCUUGAAGGCCACUCGGAUGUAACGGCGCAGCUGCAUGAACAGCACCUUUGUGGCAGCGGGCAAACGAACCCCAGGCAGCUGAAGACGGUGCAGACGGAGUUGUACAGCAUGCUGAGCUCCAUGCUGUACUUUGACGAGGGAGCGUUUGAGGAGCGACGGGCGGCGCUGACGGUAAAGCACGCCGAGGAGGUUUCCGGCGGCGGUGAUGCGGGGGCAGAUGACGUUAGUGAUGCACGACAGCGACGACAUCGUGGGGGGCGAUCACUCUUUAAAAAACAGGACGAGAAGGAGGGCGUGCUGCUCCCCAGCUCCACGGAGUCCCAGCGGAGUUCCUCCCGCUUCUCCUCCCGUCGGAUGUGGGAGACCAAUGAGGUACUGGAGCGCCCCGCGACUGGGGCAGCGAGUGACGCGACAGGCAACAGUCCUCUCUUUGACCUCCUCGUCGUGUCGAAGGAUGCCGUGUUGCAGCUCUCGGAUUACUACGCGGUAGAGGCCUACCACCGCAGCUCGGCGUUGGAGAUGAUGUGGUUGACGUUGCUGAUGGCGCAUUGCCGCGUACAAAAGAUGACGUUAACACGACGAAUAACGCCGUUGGCGCAGCAGGAGAAGCUGGGGGAUGCCGUAACUGUGGAACGGGCCACCGAGACGAUCCGCAAUGAUGCCUCCGAGGUGAUGUUUCCACCGUUUGUGGCGGCGAGUCUGCAGCAUCUUUGCACCACCCUGGCUGCCGCUGUGCGCCGCACGUACGAGAUGGCUGGCACGCUGCUCGUACGCGACAGCAACAUCCGUCGCACGGUGGGCGUUGCCAUCGUUGCAGGCACGCAGGGAACCCUCUUGCGGAAUUCCUUUUACUCGGAUGCAAUUGCUAGUAACUGGUGGUUGCGGAGUAGCGCUUCAUUUUUGUUGCAAAAACAUGCAGCAUACAACCUUCCUUUCCUUGCCGUACUUGAGGAAAAUCUUAUGAAUCUAAUGGCGCAGCGAACACGACGACACGGCUGUUUAGAUUGGCUGAAGCGUUCCACAACGACGGCGUUGGAAUGUCUUACGGCACCUGCGGCGGCUCUGCAUCUCUUUCCUGUCACUAAGCAGUGGACGGGGGCAUUGAUUCUAUCCAAUCUUCGCGAUGUGGCACACUUACUGAAGAACAAUGGCAACGUUCACGGGUCACCGACGCUGACAGAGAAUGAGCUGAAGGCAUUGCGUGCAUGGGCAUCAAAGACAUUUUCAUCUCUUCUCUCUGCGCUUACCGCGGACAAGGAGCUGCUGCUUCUCUGCGGAUACGCGAGUUUUAUUGACGCGCUCUUUGAGCUCCAUAUUCGUCUGGGGACGAAUCAACAGGAGUUGAUGCAGUUUGGUGAUAACGUCCUGAUGAAGCGUCUUCUUCCUGCUUUGCUGCUUGGCCUUGCGAAGAGCGCGGAGGAGGACACACUAGAGACACAUGCUGCGGCGUGUGAGUCCGCCCUUUUUGUACUCGCCGAGCUAUCACGGUUUGCGUCCUGGCCAGAGCUGGCGCUGUCGGUGGUCUUGCGAAAUGACGAUAGCGAUUUACUGAUUGGGGUGGCUGUGUAUUGCCUGCGACAGGUGCGUCGCGGGGGCGGGAAACAGGCCAGCGACUACGGUCUACCGACGGCACAGCUACCCCUCAUCGAAUGCACGCAGGUGCUGCAGUGCAGCGGUAGCGUUUCGUUUUUGCUGCAGCGGGGUAGUGGCUACUCCUACCUGCACGUGCUUGACCUGAGUAACAGUCUGCUUUCCUUCUCACGAGUACAACCGCUCUACAGCGAUCGCGAGGGCAGCUGCGUUGCUGCGUUACAGCAUUACUUACAGAACGCGCAGCGUGUGUCGACUGCCGAUCAAAAGCUACUGUUGGAGGAAUCCGUAAAGUGCCUGAGUUUCAUGGCGAACACAUCUAUCAGUGCCCACGUUCUCGGCUACCUGGUUCGCUUCAUUGAGCAUUACCUGCGCGUGCAGGAGAGGCUCUCCCGUGCCCCGCUGGACGGAUCCUCCGCCGAAACAGCAAACACCACGCGGCGCGAGAAUGCGAUGGCGUCCUUGACGCGUGUCGAGACGGCGCCGUUGGUGCUGCUUGACUACAUGGGCUACCUCAGCUCCGCCGGAAGUUGGACGAUGGUGAUGUGGGCCUUCAACCUUGCUGAAACGGCGCUGAGGAUUCAGCGAAAACGCCCGUUGGCAACGACAACCUCCGUGGGAGAUGUGGCGACGACAGCGAUUCUCUCGCAACUUCGUACCUUGUCUCUCCCGGCCACGCCGCGCCUGCCGCACAAUCUUCUGAAGAGUGUUCUCUGCCUCUCAGACCUCAUGUCAGAGUCGCCUGUGACACUGCUUGGCUUUGACCGUGGAACCCCGCUACAUGGGCUUCUAAGACACGCUACACGUGGUGAAUACCGUACAAUGUUGUUUGCCAUGAAGCAAGCGGUGAUUCUUGUGCAGCGUGCAUCUGCAAAGUACCGGGCUCCGCCUUUCCAACGCGGCGGGGUGGAGCUCGCCAGGCAGCCGGAAGCAGAUGAUGAUGAUAAGGAGGAGGGGAAGGCGGUAGGACAUAAGUGGAGGAAAGAAUACGAAGAAAAUGAGGGAAUCAUCGGAGAGGGUAGAGAGACGUACUUUACGGCAUCGGCCGCCUCAAACACCCCUGAGGCACAGCGUGAGUUUCGUAUCUUUCUUGGCUGCCUUGUUACUUGCUUUGACAACGUGCUUGACGUUGUUCGUGGCUGUGCGCUGCAGCAGGACAUCCUUGGCGAUGAACUUCGCGAGGUACUCCUGCUGGCACUUCAGACGUUGUUUCAUGUGUUGCACGGGUGUGUGCGCACCGUUCUUGUCUUGCCUGAGGACAUGUGGGACCGCUUUCGUGCAGAACGUGCGUAUGUGCUGUGGGUAAGUCUCUGCGUUGCGGGAUUGGUGGGACGCGUGGUCUCCAUCGACCACGGCCGCGUGUGUUUCACCGGUCACCUGCGACGCCUCACGGAGUCUCUGCUAGCCACCAUUGGAGAACUGGUAGAGGCGUGCAUUGAGGGCGGCGGCCGUGAGGAGAAGAGUGCAGAGCCGCUUUUUGACACACUGACGGAGAGCGUGCGUACGAUACUGAGCGAUCUGCAGAUGUCGCAUCGAGUGGCCAUGCGACUCGGCCUUGGCAUGCGGCAGCGCACAGACCUCACAGCCAUCAUCACGUCUCUGCGUGCAUUUGCGUCGGCUUCCGCUCGCUACGAGCCUGCUGGCCGUGUUAUCCACCGCGUCUGGCGUGUGGUGUGCACGGAGGUGGGCCAGUCAAAGAAACCGCGUGGACGAAAGCAAAAGCAGCUACCUAAUGUGAGUCCGGCGGCGGCGCUGCGUGUGCCGUCAAGAGACGAGCUGCAGCUUCUUCUUGAGUCGUUUUUGGACUUGGAAAAGGAGCUGACAAGCGUGGCCUCCGCCAGAAGGGCAGAACACCGAUUCGCUGAUUUUGUGUUGAACUGGGCGUGCGAGAAUACCGCGUCGAUGCUUGACCGCGUCACGGAGGACCCGGCAUUAGUGCAGAGCAAACAAAUGCGCGAUGUGGCAUUAGAGGGCGGCAGAAGCGGCACCGAGGCGGUGGAUGAGUCUUUGCUCGAUAUUGGCGUUGAUACGAUGGAGCUGCCGGCUUCGCUAACCACCAGCACGCUUGUCUCCAUGGAUGCCGCCAAUCUCCUGCAGGAGGAGGAGGAGGAGGAGAAGGAAGCAGGGGGCCGGAGAAAGCAGGUUUCCAACGGCGACCUUAUCGAGGCACUGAUUCGGCAGUGUCGUCGGGUACAGAUGUCAUCGGUGACACCGGUGAUGGUUGACGCUACAGUCUCCAUUCCGCAGACCACCAAAGUCCUUGGAACACAUUUUAACUGCGUGGCGGCUGUGUUUACGCGAUGCACACUGACGGAGAUUGUCGCCUUCCCCUACGCAGAGCUAAUCUUUGGUAGCCUUGACCUCUUCGCCCGUCGGCGAUCCCCGCUGCCGCUGGAGAAUUGCCGUGUCUUGUGGGUUCAGCUUAGCCAGAAGUGGCGCAGGGAGUUCCUCGAACCCUACAGUCUCCGCUUUGAGGAGCUGCAGCGCGAGCUCCUGCAGCUGGUACGUCAGCGUCGCUCGUUUGUGCGGUUGGGGGAGAAGGACGCGAACGGCGGCGCGGGCGACGGCCGAGCGACGGUGAAGGCUGCCACACCGCUUUUUUCUUUGCGGGAUAAUGUCAUGGCUCAACUCUCGAAACGCGACGCGACUGCCAUCCCAUGCGAUGCAGAGCUUUCACCCCAUGAUGAUAUCAGUGGCCUGCUGGGGGAUCGAGUGGGGGUGAGGUCGCGUGGGAAAAUUCACCGCGAUUACGAGCAGCUACUGAAGCAACAUCGACACGCGCAGGAGAAGCCGCCGGUGCCGUUGGAUGUUCUUCUCACCCUUCUCAGCGAUCUUCCGCGGGGACCGCGUGGUGAGGUGGAGUUGGAGAACUUAGCUAGGGUAGUCACGACGUACGUGGCGAGGCAGUACUUUCUUCUGCGUCCACGAAGGGAUGGAAAUACGAUGAAUGUCAUACAAUUCCUGCAGCAGCCCCACCAACUCGGCCCACGGCUGUACCAGCGGCGGCGUCUCCCGGUGGGCUGCGCCCACGCUACUGACGUGGCGGGGUGGUUUUUAACCUCCAUGGAUCGCCAGUCGCUCAUAAAGGCUCUAUCUCACGUAUUGUGCGAUGGGGAGGAGGUGGAGAAGGCAUUUGGCUCGGCAGAGCACGGUGUCUUUGAAUAUAUGCGUUCAUCGUGUCUGUAUCUGCAUCUUCUUGCCCUCACCGUGCACGUUUGUCAUCGCUUUCGUUUGCUUGGUGACAGCGAGCUGCGGGAUGGGGUGCGGCAGCGGCAGGAACAUGGUCGUCAUGGACUUGAUGAGGAGGGAGGAGAUGCGGCCCAGUGGGGUGAGAUCGGUAGCCCCGAUGCAGAGGCGCGUUGGGCGGAGCGUCAGCUGCGUGCGGAUACUCGCCAGACCGAGGCAGACAGUGUCAACGCAAACCUGCUGGAGAAUACGUUGCUGCACUUUUUAAACGUUAGCCUGACGCUCAUGGAUCACGCCGACCUGAUAACUCACCGCGCUACAAGCAUUGCCACGGCCCCAGACAACAACCAUGACCACGCGCGUAAGGCGCUUCUCUACGCGGAUGAAUUACGUCUGAUGGUUGGGGUUACCCUGCAGGACACACUGCGCGUGAUUCUCCGGGAGGCUCCGUUGGGGGUUUCACUUGCCCGCCGCGUCGUGCAUCGCAUUAUCUGCAGCUUCUCAUGUGACCUCCUUCCCAUGUCGUCGUUGAGUGGGACAUCGACGGGGAAGCAGAAGGAGCGUUCUUCGCACCUGCCACCUCUUAACACGGUGGUGUUAGAGGCUUGGCGCUCCAAGCGACCGGAGCUCUUUGUCCGCUCCCCCACGCUGCUGUGUGUUCUCUCACCCUCGUUUUUCAACGAGGUGCUCUCGCAACACAUCCGCAGUGCCUUGAGCUUCACCCUGACCCAGGUUGUCGCCUCUCUGCACUUUUAUCUGCGUCGCUCGGAUGCUCAUUUGUCGCCCUUGAUGGCGGCAACAACGAGUAUUCUUUCAAGCACGUACGUGCGAAAUGCGGCGCUGCGUCUGUUUUGCGAGGAGCUGUGCAGUCAGAUUGUGGAGCGGACCAGCUUCCGCGAGGCACUCGCGCCACCAACGGUGGCCUCCAUGCAACAGGGCACGGCUGGCUCUGUGCCUGACGAAGUUCUUAUCCCGUUCCUUGCCUCAAUAUGCCGCGAGGACGCCUUCGUCAGCAAAAAUGCGUUGGCGACAGUCCUGCACCGCAGCAUGAGCCUUCGCCCCGACGUGUUUGGUCAGCCCCCCACAGUAGACCGUUUCGCCAGGUUUGCCAUUGCCCGAAGAGGUGGUGGUGGCAGCGGCAGCAGUAAUAAUAAAAAUAAUAGUAAUUGUAAUAAUGUUAAUGCCAACGACAAGCGCAGCUCCGCGUCAGCGUUAGAAGGAGGUGUCCAAGGCUGCAAUACAUGUGCUGCCGCUGCUGCUAGAGGAAGUGGAAGCGGUGGUGGUAACGCGGGUAUGGGCAUGCGGGAAAUGUCGGCCAAGAGUCGAUUGAGUUUGGGUAUUUUGCAUACAGAUGUGCUACUCGAGGGCCCCAUGUCAUCCGAUGCGGCAGCGGCGGCGGCAGCGGCGGCUGUGAUUGAUGCUGCCUCCACUGAAGCAGCUGACGAGGAGGGGGAGAUUGAGGCUUUGGGUCGAUUUGUGGCGGACCAGUCUGAGGAAACAGCGACGCGUACGCACAAACACGCCCUCGCAUCACUCAACCUCACCCUGGCGGAGGUUAUGGAGACUGCUAUGCAUUUUGCGGCUAUGCGGCAGGUGUCGGCCGAGGAAUACAAGAAGGCACGGGCUAUGAUACGGGCUGCGGAUGAUGCACGACAUGAACGUAUUGCAGCAUUUCGCAGUGCUGCACCGGCAACUGGGUUGCUUCAUGGCAUGGACGCGUCUUCUUCGCCUAACGCUCCCACGGUGGGGUGCCCUGACGCCGCGUUACACAUUGAGGAGCCCAUGCAUUUUGGUGUGGGGAUGCUUCAUAUUCGGUUUGCACUGCGAAAAAUUAUUCACGUUUCCAUGCGUCGCCUGGCGGCCCAGCAGGGGCCCAAAACACUUUCAAUGAUGGUUGAAAUGCUGCGCGAGGUUGACCCCAAGUGGCACCAAAGUCACAAUAACAACGGCGGUGAACUUCGUCGGCAGUCGGAUAGCAUGCUCGCUGGGACACUCCGCGUGCUUGUGGCACGCUCCGUCGUGUGCGUCGAUCUUGCAGGGGAGGCAGGGGAUCUCCUUGGCGGUGGGGCUGGUGGCGUCGCAAUGAGUGCAGUUGGUUUGCAGCGCACCGAGCGGGCGUUGUAUUUGGUGCAGCGCGCGAAGCAGGGCUCUACUGGUUCUGGUAAUGGCGGUAGUAAUAGUAGUGGUGGUACUGGUCAUGUUGGAGGGCACUUGGCUAUGCGGCAGCGACGGGGUGGUGCGGCAGGAAUUUCUAUGGCCCACAAACGGUUGGUUUCAUGA